AUGGGCCUCGCUCUGUGCGUCCUGAGAUCCGCGGAGCCGGGAAGCAAGGUCAUAGUCGUCAGCGAGAACGCCGGCGUCGCAGAGCUCGGAACCACAGCCGCCAUGCGAGUGAAGCCACUGCCGCGGGAGGAGUUCUGCGCGAAGGUCCUCAGCAGCCUACUCAGGACGAACCUCACCGCGCAAUUCUUGAGCGCUGUGCUCGGCGUCGUGCGCAGAUUCGAUGCGGAGCUGCGUGGUGACGAGGAUCACUUCUCGAAGUUUGGUGUCGCCAAGAUAGCGUUGGAGAUACUCCCUGUGCCACUGAGGCUCAAGAGCGAGGAACUACUGCGUUCAGCCACAGCUGCGCCAAGAGAGGAGGUGCGAAUUGUGCUGUGGGAAUCUGCGUGCCCACCUAACUAUCGCUACACUGUCGUCUGCGAGAAGGUAGAAACACAUGGUCCACAUGCAAACAUCGAGCGGAAGAGGCAUGCCAGGCAGCCGUAG